AUGGCAGGUUCAUUAAAACGAGAUCUGUACGCAUAUGCAAUCGGCGAUAUUUGGUACCGAGCACAAUGCAUUUAUGAUACAUUUCCUGAUAUGGUAUGUAUUCCAUUGACUGCUACUGGAGACACAGCUCUUCAUGUUGCAGUUAGCGCAAAGAGCACUACUUUUGUGCAAGAGUUGGUUAAGCAUAUGACCCCAGAAGACCUUGAGAUACCAAACAUAGAUGGGAACACAGCUUUUUGUAUAGCUGCAAUUUCAGGGAUUGGUGAUUUUUUUCAAAUCAUGAUUGAAAAGAACAAAAAUCUGCCUGUGAUCCCUGGACAUGAUGGGAUGCUUCCAGUUCACUUAGCUGCUUUAUCUGGUCACCGCAAAAUCGUGGAAAAUCUGUCCUCUGAGAAACUACUUGAGAAAAUGGCUUCCAGGGAUAUUGUACAACUGUUUUUUAUGACCAUUAGCGGCAACAUGUGUGGUGUGGCAACGAAAUUAUUUGAAAAGUAUCCAGCUAAUUUGGCCAUUGCAAGAGAUGAUGAAGAGAAACUAACAGCUUUGCAUGUGCUGGCACGAAAGUCUUCAGAUGAAUUUUGUUAG